AUCUAUGCCGUUAACGUGACGUGUGUACUGAUGACAUAAUACAGUUAUGACGAACAUAAACGCGCUGCUUUACCCAAAAUAUUCUCGCCUAAGAGCGAUCUGUAAGCUAUUCGUACAGCAUGUAAACUGACUUGGGCAUUAUGCCGCGUUCACAAAGGACGCGUUCUUGUGUUCCAGAAACAACAGCAAGAGAAAGCGCAAAGGAAUGGAAAAGAAACGCCCAUGGCGCUAGACGCGGACACAGAGAGAUACUAAACAGUGUAGGAUGCGUUUCCUAACAGCACCGUAAGCCUCAGUAGAUCGUAGAAACCAUUGGAGCCACUGGUCUACGAUCAACGUAAGCUUGCUAUGCUUUUGGGAAACGCAGCCAUCAAACAAUUAAAAAAAGUGCUGGUGGAAUGCAAUAACUUGUCCUGUCUGAACGCCCCUUUACAAUGUUUAAAGAGGAUAUGCUAUUUAACAUAUAGUGGAGAUGGGGAAUAUCACACUUUUUCUAAGGGCAGAUUCAUUCUGAAAGUCAAUUUCUGUAUAGACACAUAUUAAACUGGCGAAGCAGCUAAACUAUUAAACAUUUCCACAAUUAUUAAAAAUAUGGGUCAGUUCAUUAAACUUGCAUUGACUCAAAACCAGGGCAUGUUGUCAUACUAUCUGGGGUUAGAUGUCACAGUGGAACCUGCCAUAAAUAACACAAUGGGCAUGCUGUAUUGGGUGAUUUAUAUUUAGCUAUUUUUCUGCAAAUAUUGUUUGCUCAAAAUGUGCAUUGUGACAACAAGAUCCUGGUUAAUAGAGGUAUAAAUGCUCAAUAGCUUUUUUCUUCUUCAAGAUGUUGAUCUUCAUAGAAAUUGGCUUUCAAAAAUAAUAGUUAAAAGUGUGACAACUACCCCCAUCUCGUUUUAAUAGCAGUGAUGCUGUUAAUUCACUUCUAUUAGGAGAUGUUUUGCUGUAUUUAUGAGUCAUGGAUAGGUCAUGAAAGCUACUGUACUAUUAAGAACAAAAUGGAUCUGAUCUUUCACAGGUAUAGCCUCAGUCUCACAUAUCUCUUUUUAUACAACUUGCUUCAGUUCUGUGGACAUACGUGGAUUUUUGCGAACAUGACAGUCAGAUUUCUCUCGUUUGGUGGUGAUGCUCAAGCUGGCACCUUCUAUUUUGUGGGGGUCAUGAUGGGCAUUUGUCAGCUUCUGUCAUUGUUAGAACUGUUUCACAUAGCAGAUGGGUUUGAGGAGUGCAGACUUUUCCCACGGUUUAUGCAGGUAAUGGAGAGAAAUGUCCUUCUGUUUCUCCUCAUCAGUCUAGAGGAGUUUCAGAGUAAACAAAUAGUGUGUGUGCAGUUUUAUCUGUGGAACAUACUGGGCCUUCUAAGGUAUCCACAUGAGUUAUUUUGCCUCAUAGGAACACCAUCUUUUAAUGUGUUGUGGGCACACCAUACACUGUCACUCCCAGUGUACUUGUUGUCUGCUAUCACUGAAGGUACAAGCAUUUUACAUAUGUUGCUAUACUUUGAGUCUGAAGGAAUGUAUUCUUUCCAACGUAAAGUAUCUGCAUCAAUAUACAUUUAUUUCCCAUACUUGCUUAUGGGUUACAUACUUCUUCUCAUAUUAGGGUCCAGUUUAACAGUGCGAUUCUUGCUGAAGGAAAGGGAAGAGAAUUUAGAAAGCUGGAAUAAGAAGCUGAAAAAAGAGUGACUCAAAGGAGUACUUGAUUUCAAAGCAGGUCCACCCAUUCAUCAAUACCAAAUAAUCUUAUCUUUGAAGUAUUAUAGUGGGGACUAAUUGCUGAACUUUUUUCCUGUGUCAAAACACAAUUAUAUAGUAUGUGUUUGUGUAACGGCAGUGUUUUAAGAAUUCUUUAUAUAAUUUAUGCACUUGCAAUCUUCUACAUGAUGGUUGCAUGUGAGCUUAUCUGAAAUAUUUUACAUUUAAUAAAGAAAAUGCAAGUCAUUUUACAUUUAUUUUACAUGCUUUAUUUAGAAAUAUUUUACAGAAAUGUAUUAAAAAUGCUGUAAAUGUAUAAAAGUGCCAAAACUGCAUGCAUAAUAAAGUGAACAUUGAGAAACACUUCCAUAAAGUAAAAACAAUAUCAUUCUAACAUUUAUUUUUCACUCUUACUGUUGAGAAUUUUCUGUACAUUUGUUAAAAUAAAAUCUUUAACAAGAGUGUUAUCAAAAUACAUGCUUGAUUUUUACUUGAUUAAAAUAAAAGUCAGCAUAAUCAGAUAAUGCGCAUGGGCUUCUAGGACGCUGCCGCUGGUAGCCUGAGAUCCUCUUUAUUAUGGCAAACACAAGUACAGCAAGAGGUUUGAGAACAAAUGUUUUAAACCGUCAAAUAGAACGUCCGUCGACCCUAGAGGGUUAAAUAUGGGACUGUCCUGGGGAAAACGGGAUGUCUGGCCACCCUAUUCAUAGCAAGACACUGAAACUCUCCUUCCAAGACCAGGCCUUGUUCAGGAUCCGUUCUAUUUACCCAGAACCAAUUUCCCAGAACAAAUAUGGAUUAUUAGAAAGUUGUUGUACACCUUCACGUUCGAUAUUGGACAGAUCAUCAUAGAGCAAUCAGCAGUAUGAUUGUGCAUCUUUCCAGUUCAUAUUCUUUUUAACAAUUUUUUUUCAUUGAGUUACAUUGUGACAAAUGUAUGUUUCCAUUGAACUUGCUUGUUUCAAUUAUUACCUCCCCAUGGAAUCUACGCCCCUGGUUGAGAUGA